UGUGAAGUUAGUUGGUAUUCCUGUCUGCAUUGGCUGGAGUAAUAUUCUGCUUUUCUGCUUCUACAGUGACCCUGUCUGCUGCGAAGAGAAACAGAGACAGGCAGGUGGCACUGAUCUUCCCUCAUCCCUUUGAAAUGCUUCCACCAUUAGAUUUAAGGAAAAUUGCUCUGAGAAAAGCGGUUCGGGAUGUUCAAGAGAGGGUCAAAGGCCACCUUUGAUAUUGAAUGUCACGUACAGAAACUACAAAGCUUAUCAGAACAGGAAGUCAGAGCAUUUCCUCCUUGGAACAGGACAGAAACAUGAAUGCCAGCGCUUCUAAAGGAUGACAGCAACACGGACGUCAGACAUGCGGUACUCAAGGCAGCGCUGGUUAUUAACCCUUUGCGGACUACUCUUAUACUUGGGAGACAUAUGCACAGACACUGCCCUGGCUGUCAGAUAUUUUCAAGAAACACAGUACGUUUGGAGUGGAAUGACUGCGUUGUUUAUAAUCACUGGACUGACAGUAAACCAAGUCUUCAGCUAUGCAUGGUUCCUAGAAAAGAUGGAAGAAGAUAAAGAAGAUGAUGAGAAAGGACAGUAUUUGGCCCUUCAUGCAUUCGGGAUGGGGAUCCUAGUCAGGUAUUACCAUCUGCUGAAAGACGGGAACAAGGAAAUCCAGAGACAAAAUUCAUCUGAAGAAUUAAAUAUACAGGAACUAAUCUGGAAGGCUACUGAUCUGUCUAUGUUGAAGCUUUUUGAGACUUUCUUGGAGAGCGCUCCCCAGCUUCUUUUACAGCUUUACAUUCACCACAGCCACCAUGAGUGGUCCAUCCUACAAUAUCUGUCUCUGGCCUUCUCUUUUUUUAAUCUGGCUUGGUCCUUGGUGGACUAUCGGUGGCUCCUGCACAAAUCCCUUCUCAGAGAAAAAAAGUUUUCCUUAGGCGCCACGUUGGUCUAUCUCCUCUACAAACUCUUCACCAUCACCAGCCUCACUCUCAGCUACAGCCUCCUCCUCCUCCUUAAUGUCUACUGCACAGUUGGCCUCAUCUUAAUUUGGGUGCUGGGAACAAUAUGGGCGUACUUGCUUCGUACCAAGUUCUGCAAACCCCGUGUCCUUGAACCGCUCUACCGAGGGGUCAUUGGAGCCAUCCUGGUUUUUAGUUUUUUUAAUGCGAAAGGAAAAAACACUAAACGAGAAAUGUUUUUAUAUUACUUAAUUUGCACUAUUAUAAAUUUUUCAACUCCUUUAAUAUUUUUUCUUUCAAAGCCAGAGUUUAUGGAAAUUAAAUUGUUCUGGGCAGUUAGUGGUUUAAUCUAUGGAGGUUCAUUUCUGGGGAACGUUUCUUUGCUGUUGUAUUAUUCCUUCCUUUCCAGGCAGGAAAAUAAUUUUGAUGAGGUGGACGGAGUGAAAAAGGAAACACAAUCAGCACUGAGGUUGAAGGCAUUUAUACAACUUUGAGAUUUUUCAAGCUAUUUAUUGAAGAAAGUCACCCCACAUCAUUUUCUUCCACCAUCAUUAAAUUAUGAGUUUGGGUUUCUGAAUCAUACCACCAGCAUGUACACGCAGCCAUUGCAAAGUGUGUUUAUAAUGAAAGGUUACAUUUCUUUUUUUGUCAUCAGGCUUGUAGUUCAUUAUGGUUAUGCAAAUUUCAGUGUCUGAAAUUAAGAAAUACUGUUUACUAAAAAGUAAUGGAAGGAAAAAAAAAACACAAGGUGGCAUAAAAUGCAGCUGGAAAGUGUUAAAGUGUGAGGAUUUUAGGUUUGGAUAUAAAUCCAAAGUGCAUCAAUGCAUUUAACCCCAAACACAAGAGGAGACAAAGCAUAGUUCCUGGCAUGAAACUAAUUUAAAACAAAAACGUUUUAUAAUGUGUUCUCUCUAGUUGGGAAAAAAAGAAGUCUGGAAGAAUUUAAUGCCAAUUAAAUUUUUUAGAGAAUUCAAAAACAUACAAGGAUUUUAAAAGGACUCUUGUAAUUCAGCAAAGUGGAAAAUAUCCACUUAUUACCAGUAUUUUCUGCUCCAGUCCUGACUAGCAUCUCUAAUCUGAUAAAAUGCGUGAGUAUGAGUUUCUCACAACUAUUUCAACAAAAUUGUCCUCAUUACAUUAGCAAAAAUGUAGUGAUUUUGCAAGCCUAAUUUUCUCCAUAUAUUCAGUCUGUGCUUUUUUAUAAGAACUUUACAUUUAACGAAACAUAAAUCUAUCAUGGCACUCAAACGUCAGUUAUUAUUAGAUAGUUUAGGUCAAUGCAACACAAUGAAAGCAUGGAGGUUGAGUUAAAAUACUGAUUCACAUUGAAGCCCCAAUCAAUCACCCUACUCCAUUUGGCUCAAGCACAGAAAAAAAAAAAUGGCUGCCAAAGAAUAGCUUUUAAAGUAGCACUGUAACUUUUAGCUACAAGGGGCUUUAGACCGGCAACUUCCUGAAAGCAACUGGCACCACUGCUGUAAAUUAAAACAGUCUCCCUCCAUGUUUUGAAUUGUGAUUAAAAAGAAGUCAUAGCGUUACUUGUAAAAACAAGGCAGUGUUCCUCUCUUUAGAUCAAAUCGUACAUAAAAACAACCAAAAACAUGUAUAAUCAGGUAAGUUUGAUGUGUUUUGUUGCCAAAAAUCAACUUGAUCUUAGAAAGCUCUUGUAUUUAAGGUGAGCUCAGACUGCUGUGGUGCUUUUGGUCACAUGGUUACAUAGGUGAGUUUUUGAUGAGAGCAGUACGCACAAGCAUCGAAACAUGCUGUAUAUUGACCCCCCAAAAAACUGAAUACAUCUUAAAUGUGGCAGAAUAUGCUACAUUUAUGUUUCACACAUUACAUAUUUAUGUUUUUUAUAUGGUGCUAAGGUAAAUAUAUUUGUCCUCAAUUACUUAAACUCGGUUAUUUACUUUCGUCAAAAAUGACAUGUCAAAAUGCUGCUGUUACU